CGAGGCAGCCUCGCGUUCCUUUGUUCUCCUCCGCCGGAUGAAGACGUUCAGGGUUUGAAAGAGUCCUUCCAGCUGCGGCUGACAGCUGCUGCCGGCGGCCAUCUACUGACGUUAUCAGCGAGAGACGGAACGAAAGAGAAGAUGGAGAGCAAGAGAGCAGGAGCGGGUGGAGAUGACUCUACUGGAACAGAACCAGCCAGUAUAUUGGAUACACCCCUACAGUCUGACCACCAGAGGCCACUGUGUUCUGAAUCUGACACUGAUGACAGUGAAGACUGGAGAGAAACCAGUAACUUGCAGUCAGAUUCUAAUUCUGUUGAUAAUCCAAAAGUUGUUGUCAAAAAGGAGACAGAUGACAUGGAUGACAUAUCACUGAUCUGCUCUGGAUGUGGAAAGAAGUGCUUCUCAACAGAUGAACUGACUCGACACAAUAAAUCCUGCUGCCAUGGACCUUUCACUUGUUUGCUUUGUGGGAACCAUUUCCCAAAGAGACAUAUACUGAAUAAGCACAUGAGAAUUCACACUGGAGGAAAACCUUUCAGGUGCCCCCAGUGUGGAAAAUGUUUUUCAAUGAAAUGCCACCUGAAAAUUCACAUGAGAAUUCACACAGGAGAAAAACCUUUCAUCUGCUCACAAUGUGGGAAAGAUUUUUUCACUAAACAUCACUUGGACAGGCAUUUAAGAGUUCAUACUGGAGAAAGAGCAUUCAGCUGCUCCCAUUGUGGUAAAUGUUUUACAGAGAAAGGUCACUUAAACAAGCACAUAAGAGUUCACACUGGUGAAAAACCUUUCAUCUGCUCCCUAUGUGGAAAAUGUUUCUCUGAGGGAAGCACCCUAAACAAGCACAUGAGCGUUCACACUGGUGAAAAACCUAUUAUCUGCUCUGUCUGUGGAAAAUGUUUUUCAAGGAAAAGUAACCUAAGGAGGCAUAUGGGAAUUCACUCUGAUGAAAAACCUUUCUUAUGCUCUAAAUGUGGUAAACAGUUUUCCCAUGAAUAUACUCUAAAGGAUCAUAUGAGAGUUCACAAUGAUGAAAAACCUACCAUCUGUUCCCUGUGUGGAAAAUGUUUUUCACGUAAAUGUAGUCUGUGGAAGCAUAUGAGAAUUCACUCUGGAGAAAAACCUUUCAUCUGCUCCCAGUGUGGAAAAUGUUUUACUAUGAAUGUUGACCUGAAGAAACACAUGAGAAUUCAUUCUGGAGAAAAACCUUUCAUCUGCCCCCAGUGUGGAAAAUGUUUUUCACAGAAAUGUAAUCUGAGGAGGCAUAUUAGAAUGCACGAAAAAUCUUUCAACUGCUCUCAUUGUGGAACAUCUUUUUCAGAGAAAGCCACCCUAACUGAUCACAUGAGAGUUCACAUUGGUGAAAAACCUUUCAUCUGCUCUCAGUGUGGUAAAUGUUUUGCAGCAGAACGGUUAUUGAAAAGGCACAUGAAAACUCACAACGGAAAAACUAAAGGAUGCAGUGAAUGUUUGGUGGCCGAAUAUGUUCAGCCGAAUACUGAAAAAUAGGCAACAUUGUGGCAUAGGCAUGUCGCCAUCGCAGUUAUAUGGCGACAUGCAAUCCAACAGCACACAGCCAGAGCAAUGAUUUUCACUCCUAAUCAACAUCACAAUAUGACAGAUGUGUUUUUAAUACAAAAGUGUGUCACAGAGGUGAAAUGAACUCUGCGAGACCUCUGAAGAAGUUCUGGCCACUUACUCCCCCAUUCAGUAAGCGCUGAGAAAAAUCUGGCAACUUAAUCCUCCACUUUCAGCGGUGGCAGCACCGACUCCACGGCUCACUGCCUGGACAGCUGAUGUCCAAACAGGAGUGAUUCAACACAAGUCAAAAUGAUUUGGACUUUCCAACCCCCCUCUUCCUUCGAUCACUUCUUUGAUGACCAUUGUGUAAAUGUAUUAAGCGCAGCCAAUUGUUGCCAUGGCCACGCUUCAUUGCAAACUGUAGUAUUUGUACUUUUAAAGUGUUGGAGAGUGAGAGUAGAUUACAUUUUGCAAUGUGUUGAACCAACUAUCUACAGCCUUCUGCUUACAUCGUCAGCCUAUUAUAUAAUGCGAAAUUGUGUUGUGUUUUUUAAAUUAUUACUAUUAUUGUUAUUUGAAAUGUAAAGUCUAAAAAGUAAAAUCAUCUAAACAUUAACUUUCGUUCACCUGACCCAGGCUCAAAUAGAAGUUAGCCUUGUUUCCACUGCUCAGCAAUCAUGGAUACUCUUCAAUGAGCGUGAAAGGUUACCUAGGUUGAUCCACCCUUGCUGCAUGAAGGAGCGAUUCGACACUCCUUUCUGCCCAUUGCUGUCAGUUUGUACAACAAUAAUCUUUGAUGGGAACCAUUGUACAUUUUUCUCACAGAUUAUUAUUCUUUUUUUGGCAUGAUAUUUGUUUACAUAUUAUGGACAUUUAUUUGUAUUGUCUUGCUUUGUUGAUUUGUAGCCCUCUGUUUGCUUUGUGAACAACUUUGAUGUGUGUUGUGUAUCUUUAAUAU